AGACGGGCCGGGCUGGAAUCGAGGCUAAGAGUGCAUUGACAUUAGAUAUCGAUAUGGACGAUCUGAAGAAGCUAUCUGCUGCGGUUGGACUACCUCCAUCGCUAGAGCUGCGCACAGUUGACGGGAUAGGCCGAGGAGUGUUUACUAAAGAGUCUAUAUCUGCUGGGGACACUAUAUUCAGUGCACUACCUAUAGCACAUUGCAGUGUGGAGGAAACUAGAGGCACUAUCUGUGAGCACUGUUUCAAUACCUCAAAGUCACUGAAGAAGUGCAGCCGAUGCAAGUUUGUUUAUUAUUGCAACCCCGACUGCCAGCGUUUGGAUUGGCCGCUACACAAGACAGAGUGUAAAGGUGUGAGAAGUGGGAAGGCGACGCCACUCAUAAGACUAGCUCUCCGAGCACUGAAAAGGGACACUCAACACCUCUGCUCACUUCCUGAUGACUUUUUAUGGAGCAGAAAAAGUCAGCUAUUGAUAGCUGACACUGCUCAGCUCUGCAAACAUCCUCCGUAUGUCAUCCAUCAGCUCUUCCGGAAGUUGUUCUGUAAUGCAUUCUCAAUGACGGCUGCGGAGGACUUCAAUGACAUGGGCGUGGCGGUGUACUCUGCUCCCUCUCUGCUCAACCAUUCCUGUCGUCCCAACACUCUUCCCUUGUAUUAUGGACGACAAUUAGUCCUCAAGGCUAUCACGGAUAUAGGUCCUGAUGAGCAACUGUUCAUUACCUAUACUGAUACACUGCAAUUGUUGAGUGAGCGUCAAAGGGAACUACAGAAGGGGUACAACUUCACCUGUGCCUGUGAGAGAUGCUUAGAGGACAUCAGCAAAUCCCCCGGAUGUUCUGACCGAUUGUUCUUAAUGGCUGCCAAUGGAAAGGAAGUCCCCCGCUUGUUAAGACAGGAGAUGGAAAAAGAGCUAGCAGAGUUGAAUGGGUUGGAUAAACGUGGAGAGUGGCAGGAGAUGUAUGACAAAGGCAGAGCUCUAUACACAAGCCAUUUGACACAACUAUCCCCUGACAAUAUUUUCAGUCUGCGUCUCACUAUCCAUCUGUUCCAGGCCAGUCGUCAGUUAGGUCUCUGGGAGGAGGCACUCAAGUACAGCAUCCAAAUAUUGGAACCAUCUCUCCGUCACUAUGGGCUUUUUCAUCCUUUGAGUGUAUCCCGGCUACUGGCAAUUGGGAAAUUGAGACUAUGUUUAGGAACUCCUGACCAACUGAUCCUAGCACUAGACGACCUCACUAAGGCUGGGACGGCAGCUCUGAGACUGUACGGAGCUGAGCACCGCAUCACUCAGGUAAUAGCCACCGUGCUGAUCCAACGUAAACUACGUUUAGCUCGCGGACAAUAA